AUGAACGGGGGGAUGAAUAUUCAUGUGGAUAGAAACACUACGGAAGAUACUGAAUUUAAUGCAAUCCUUCGCGAAAAAGGCAUCCUGCCACCUUUACCCAAACAAGAGGAAGAGUCUCCCGAACAAUCCCCAGAAACUCAAAGAAGAAAUGCGGUGGAGAAAAUGUCGUAUGACAAAUUGACCGAAGAAAUUGAAAAUCUUGAGGAUCAAGGCAGAUCUGACGAAGACGAAGAUUCUAAAUUCCUUGAAAUGUACCGUCAAAAGAGGCUAAAUGAAAUGCGUGAAGCCGCAUUGAAGGCAAGGUUCGGUACAUAUGGCGAAGUUACCAAGGCCGACUGGACAUCGUGCAUUAAUAAGGCUGGCGAUGGAAUAUUUGUUGUUGUUCAUAUUGCUCAAAAAGGGAAUGAAAAAUGUGCCGUAGUUGACCAGCACAUGCAAGUUUUGGCAGCGCGUUACCCGGCCGUCAAGUUUCUUCGUGGUGAAGCCUCUUUAUGCGUCCCUGAUCUCCCUGAAGCAAAUCUCCCUACAGUCGUGAUCUACUAUGAUGGAAAUGUUAAAAUGCAAUAUGUUGGCAGCAAAGCACUUGGUGGACAUCCCUGUAAUAUUAAAGACCUUGAAGAUCGACUAGCGAAGGUGGGAGCGAUAGUGGCGCCUGAUGAAUCCAAUGAAGAUGACAGCCGUGUAACUGGAAGUCACUUCAGAACGACUCGGGUUGAUGGCAAGUACAACUGCAGACGGGCCAGCGACUCCGAUAGUGACUAG